AUGGGGCACACAUUCAGUCGCGGAGGACCAUUGGCCCAGUCGUUUUUCAUCCCCAAACCUCCACUCUCUGAGAAAAACCUACCUGACCAAACUGGAAAAGUGUGUAUCGUGACGGGAGGAAAUGCCGGGGUUGGGUUCGAAGUUUGCAAAAUUCUGUAUGAACACAAUGCGACAGUCUAUCUUGCUGGGAGAUCAGAGGACAAAUGCAAGCAUGCCAUCUCGUCCAUCGUCGAGUCAAUCGGCUCAAAGACGAAACCGAAGGGCGCGCUCAGAUUUCUGAAGCUCGAUCUUGCCGAUUUGGCCUCGAUCAAAGCCAGUGCGGAUGAGUUUCUCCGUCAAGAGACGAGACUGGACUGGCUCUGCAACAAUGCAGGAGUCAUGUUGGCACCUGCCGGGUCCCAGGGCACUCAGGGCCAUGAGUUGCACAUGGUCACGAACUGUCUUGGUCCUUGGCUCUUCACACACUUCCUCCAUCCCAUCCUUAGUUCCACGGCAGCAGGCUCACCACCAAACACAGUCCGGGUGUCAUGGGCCGGUUCCGUGGUGAUCGACCUUUACUCACCCAAACACGGAAUAUCCUUGAACUCGGACGGUGCUCCGGCUCUCCCUCUUUCCGAUCCCCAAAAGUUGUAUGCCAUCAGCAAAGCAGGUAAUCUGUUCUACGCUUCAGAAUAUGGCAAACGGUCCAUGACCCAAGGUCCAAGUAUAGUCAGCACAUGCUUUAAUCCGGGAAAUCUUCGCACCGAGUUGCAACGCUAUGUGUCACCCACGCGCAGGAUGAUGCAGAAUCUGAUUUUGUAUCCCGCUAUUUUCGGUGCGUACACAGAACUCUUCUCUGGGUUUUCGGAGGAUGUGAGCACUGAAGCGAACGGUUGCUACAUCGGGCCUUGGGGCCGCGUGUUGGAUGUUAGGGCCGAUGUUAGGGAGAGCUGCAAGAGUGUGGAAGAAGGCGGGAAUGGCAUUGCAAAAACAUUCUGGGAAUGGAGCGACAGGGAAUGUAGGCAGUACAUGUGA